AUGAAGUGCUAUGAAUGUGGAGGAGCUCAUCUCCAGUGUAACUAUCCUAAAUUCCAUGGGGCAAAGCCAGACGAGACGAAGUGUUACAAUUGCCAGAAGCCAUGUCACUUUGCAAACUCUUGUCCUGUACAGAAGUUUGGAGCGCCUCAGCAACAACAAAAGUCUUCUAGAGAAAAGACGAAGACAGCAGGAAGGGUGUUCGCCAUGUUCGGAUCAGAGGCAAAUAAAUCAGGUAAAUUAAUUCAAUAUACAUGUUUGUUGUUUGGUGAAUGUGUAAAUGUUCUGUUUGAUUUGGGUGCAUCGCAUUCGUUUGUAUCCUUGGUGUGUUCGAAGAAGCUCGGGUUACCAAUCCGUGAUCUCGGAUGUAAGUUAGUGGUUUCUACGCCAGCAUCAGGACAAGUCUCAACCAAUUCAGUUUUUGUUGAGUGUCCGAUUGAAUUAGCUGGAUGCAAAUUCAAUGUUAACUUGGUACACUUGCCGCUGGAAGGGUUGGAUGUGAUUUUAGGGAUGGAUUGGUUGACGACCAAUGAUGUCAUCAUAGAUUGUGGAAAGGAGAAGGUGGUUGUUCUGGACAUAAAAGAUGGGCAGAUUGUAAAAUCACGGGUAGUUAUACAGGAUAUUAAGAAGGAGCUAAAUGCUACGUAG